UUGCAGUUUUGAAUAACGCCGGCUCGUCAAUGUUGGAAGUACCCUUCUGACUGGGCCACCUAGUUAGCAUUUUAAUAAUCUCCUGUUAUUUUUUUACUAGGGGCAUGCAGUCUGUGCUAUGUUUUAAGGGUGCUACACAUUUUGGAGGGACUUGUCAAGAAUAUUCAAGAAGCGCAGUAUCUUUGGCACACCAAUAAACCACACAUGCUCGGCGUAGAUUUGAUUGCUCGUUCCCGCAAUAGUGUCCGCCAUUUUGAUUUAAAAUAUGUGAGAAUCCUUUUCUUUCUUGCUCCAAUCUCCAGGAUAAAAGCGACAACUAAUUUACUGAACCUGGGAUUGUCCUAUACACAGUUGGAAGGGUCAGCCAGCUGCUGGUUGCAGAGGUAGUGAUGGCUUGUGUGUGAGGGAGUGUGUGUGUGUAAUCAUCCAUACAGAUUCAUGACCGUUCCUACCUGCAUAUUUGAAAUAAAUGACUGAAGAGGUCUGACCUAGGACACACAUUUUACUAAGUAGCAGCCAUGUUCUGGAAGUUUGACCUGCACACGUCGUCCCAGCUGGAGGCCCUGCUUGAGAAAGACGAUGUCACGCUCACUGAGCUCAUGGAGGAGGAGGACGUACUGCAGGAGUGUAAGGCCCAGAACCGCAGGUUGCUGGUCUUCCUGUCCCAGGACACCUGCAUGCAAGAGCUGCUGCACCUCAUCACCACAGAGCCACCUGCUGGUCUGGAAGAGAUCAAACGCUUCAAGCAUCCUAACAUAGCAUGUGAGCUGCUGACGAGUGAUGUAGGGGUGAUAAAUGAUAAGCUGGGGGGAGAGAAGCCCCUUCUGGACAUCCUGUACUCCUUCCUGGAGCAGCCCCCUCCCCUCAACCCCCUCCUCGCAUCCUUCUUCAGCAAGACCAUUGGAAACCUCAUCACACGCAAGACUGAACAGGUGAUCUCCUUCUUGCGGGGAAAGGAGGGUUUCCUGGGUCUGGUUCUUAAACACAUCAACACAUCGGCCAUGAUGGACCUCCUGCUACGCCUCAUCAGCUGUGUAGAUCCUGCUCCUCUCCGACAAGACACACUCAAUUGGUUGAAUGAAGAGCGGCUGGCCCAGAGGCUCAUAGAACUCAUUCACCCUGGGAAAGACACGGAGAGACAGUCGAAUGCGUCCCAGACUGUGUGUGACAUCAUCCGUUUGAGCAGAGACCAGACCAAUCAGCUCCAAGAGAACUCUGAGGCUGACCCUCUGCUUGCCGUGCUGGAGUCGCAGGAGUGUGUGAGUCAGCUGCUGGACAACAUGUUUGUGGGAGAGAGCACAGAGAGCUGCAUCGUCUACGGAACUCAAGUCCUUCUCACCUUACUGGAGAUCAGGAGGCCGGGAGUGGAAGGUGUGCUGGAUGUGUGUGUUCUGGAAUAUGAAAGGUGUGUCGUCAGCAGCAUCCUGCAGGCUGUCCAACCCCACCUCAAACACUACCACCAACUACUGCUGGAUCCUCCCAGGCGGACCCCCAUGCUGACCAGUCUAGGUGUGUUGGAGGUGCCACUGGGUAACUGUCGUCUCCAUGUGGCCAGACUAAUGGCCUCCCUACUACAGACCACUAACAUGAGUUAUUACACCUGUUUUGACGACACGAUUUAUAACAACACCGUCACACUGGAGCUCUGCAGACUCCAGACCAUAAGCCUCCUACUGGACCUGUUCUUUAAGUACACCUGGAACAACUUCCUGCACUUCCAAGUGGAACUGUGUGUGGCAGCCAUUCUCAGCCACUCUGCUCAGGAGGAGAGGCCCCAGGUUAGCCUGGUUAUCCAGGAAAGGCCCUUGGUUCCCCUGGAGGACAUUCCCCAGGCCAGCUUUGUGGCCCAGGAAAAACCCAUGUUUCCCCAGAAGGAGAAUCCUCAGGGCAGCCUCCCGAACCAGGAAAAGCCCAGGCUUCAGCAGGAGCCCCAGGAAAACCAUGCCUUGCCUGGCCCCAAACCACCACUGCCCUCUGUUCCUCCUGACAUCUCCACACAUAACCCACUGGUGACUCAUUUGUUUCAGGACUGUCGUCUGGUUCAGAGGAUAUUGGAGGCCUGGGAGGAGAAUGAUAAGACUCAGGCAGAGGGGGGUAUGAGGAGAGGCUACAUGGGUCACCUGACAAGAAUCGCUAAUACUGUAGUCUGUAACAUGGAGAAAGGACCAGUCCGCAUCCAGAUCAGCAGCCUUAUUACAGAGCUGCCUAAGGAUUGCAGGGGGCGCUGGGAGAGCUUUGUAGACCAGGCCCUGACAGAGACCAACAGGAAGAACACUGUAGACCUGGUGUCUCACAACCUGCGCUCCUCCAGUGAAGACGAUGACCGACAGAGUCCCUUCCCCAAAGAGCUGUCACUGCAACAGACAUUCUCAGACUACCAAAUCCAGCAGAUGACUGCUAACUUUGUGGAUCAGUUUGGCUUCAAUGACGACGAGUUCUCUGAACACGGCGACAACAUCAGCGCCACCUUUGACCGGAUCAAAGAGAUCAACUUCAACGUGGACACAGAGGACACUGCUAAGACUGCAGCAUUUGAGGCCUGCACUAAAGAGAAGAUCCAGUUGUUUGAUGACAGCGAGGAAGAAGACAUCUGGGAAGAGAGAGAGAUCAACUAUACUAUGCACACCAAGUCUAGGACCAGGUUUGGGGGGCCACAGACGUCUGUUGGAUCGGUUCAGAGUGAUGGGAUGAGCGAUACUCCUGAUAAGUCAACAGGUUCUGACACAGAGGGGGAGGUGCCUAAUGAGGUCCCAGGUCAGACUGAACACAGCAAGAACAUCAGCCAGACUGAGACUGCACAGAGCCCUGGCUGGGCGGCUAGUUUCGGGGAGGUGAACUUUAACUCCCCCUCAUCUGGAGUGGACCCAUGGGGUAGCCCCGCCCCCAAGCCUGGAGUGGGCGUGGACCCAUGGGGUAGCCCCGCCCCCAAGCCUGGAGUGGGCGUGGACCCAUGGGGUAGCCCCGCCCCCAAGCCUGGAGUGGGCGUAGACCCAUGGGACAGCCAUGCCCCCAAGCACGGAGUGGCCGUAGACGCAUGGGGAAGUCCCGCCCCACAGCCUGUAACUACAGAGGCUGAGAAGGGCUGGGCCAAGUUCACUGACUUUCAGCCCUUUUGCUGUUCAGAGACAGGUUUGAGAUGCACUUCUCCAGUGGACUCGGAGAUCUGUGGGUCAGACAAAACUAAACCCAGCCAGGGAAUGAACCCAUGUGUAUGGAGUGUGUGUGUGGCGAGGAAGGCUCCCCUGGUAGCAUCAGACACCUCUUCAUCAGGAGGCUCAGACAGCGAGGAAGAGGAAGAAAAGACUGAAUCUGUUACUAUGGAGAUAGUAUCCAAGGAAAUGGUCACUACAGAGACCAUCGUCACAACCGCCGGACUGGAGACCAUCAGACUUAACAUGAAUGUCAAGAACGAGAGAGCUGGCUUCAACAGUGAGGUUGACAUGAAAGAGAAGGAAAAGGAGAAAAAGAGGGUGAUGGGUGGAGAAGACCUGCUUAAUGCCACAGCUGCUCCUCUCACAGAUCGCCCUGCCACCGUCACAAAAGAGACACCCUCCUCAGCAAAUGGACCGGCCUAGUACUGCGCUACCACAACACUUACCCACUCCAUUCCCUAGCUAACACAACCACACUCCACUUCCCAACAACACUCUAUGACAUGCAACAUCCUGUAUUUGUGAGCAGUGCUGUCCUGUCAUUGGUCCAUGUCAAGGACAUCUAUGGUGGUUGAGCAGGACAAAAGCAGAAGAGAAAAGCCAGUUCAGAAUCCAGACCACAGCUCUUUAACACCAACAACCAAUAAACAGAUUAAUGUGAUGUUUGUCCCUGCCCUUCUGCUGAAGUCUCUCCUACACACCUAUCACCACUCUACACACUGGGACAUGACGUGUGUGUGUGUGUGUGUGUGCGCGCAUGUUAGUGCUGCACAAUGAAUCAAAUUCACAUCGACAUCGCAAUAUUGACAUGUGCAAUGUCCUUGUCUCAACAUCCAAAGUUGCAACAAUAGUUUUAAAACGCCACUAAGCCGCGUAAGGAAAGUUUUUAUAGUUUACUCUGUCGUCCCUCUUGCGGCAUAUUCACACUCACACCAAGACUCUACCCCUGUCAAUCAAGCAGCGCAUUUCCUUCUCCUCCUCGGUCAAUGCAGUCAACAGAUUGUUCUAAACAAGAACGAUGCUUCUUUCCACUUUGCUUCCUAAUAUACAGUACCAGUCAAAAUUUUGGACAUACCUACUACUUUUCUUUAUUUUUACUAUUUUCUACACUGGAAAGCUCCAACAGGUGCUUUGCAUAUGUGGGUACUCCUUCAAGAUUGUUGGAAAGGUAUUCCAGGUGACUACCUCCAUAAAGCUGGUUGAGAGGAUGCCAAGAUUGUGCAACGCUGUCAUCAAGGCAAAGGGUGGCUACUUUGAAGAAUCUAAAAUAUAUUUUGAUUUAACACUUCUUUGGUUACUACAUGAUUCCAUAUGUGUUAUUUCAUAGUUUUGACGUCUUCAAUGUUAUUCUACAAUGUAGAAAAUAAAGGAAACCCUUGAAUGAGUAGGUGUAUCCAAACUUUUUACUGGUACUGUACGUGUUUCUAUGAUUCCAACAGUUCACCCAAGUGUUUUGAUCUUCAUCACGAGUCAAAUUGCUAUUCAUUUUUGAGGGUUAUCAUGCAGCUCUAGCACACGCACAUGAUCCAGCUUUAUGUCGUCUUGUUAGUUCUUAUCUCUCCAGCUGUGUUUAUUUAUUUAUUUUGCACUUAACUUAAGCUCUUUGUUGAGUAGAGAGACGAGAUACUCUACUCCCGCUGUAGUCAUCCUCAGCCCAGAGCAAAGUCUGAGGCCUGGGGAGGAAGGGAGUGGGUAGUCAAGUACUGACUGUAAGAUCCUCAAAGCCAAAAUGUGUUCCUAGUUUAAUUUAUUUGACUCAAUCAUUUUAUUAUAGAAAAUCCAGAAUGAUUAUGAAAAUCAACCACUAUCUUUCUCUCUCUUUGUGUGGACUAUUAUAAGUAGUGAAGAUAUUGGUUGUGUCUGUGCGGUCUCUUUGCUUGCGUGUGGGUGUGUGGAAGAUUUGGGAUAUAUAUUCUCAAGUUAAAAGAGCAUUCCUGUGGAUGUGAUGAAAGCACACCUGUGUGACGUCACAUAAACACACAGCAUGAUUACACACACAUACUCAGUGUGAGUAUUCGCACACAUAGAAAAGACUAUAUAUACACACACACACAAACACAGCGUGAGGCAUACACACACACACACACACACCACUACCUGAGUGUGCGCACACACACACACAGUGUCAGACAUACACUGCUACCUGAGCGCAAACAGUCACACCCUUCCAUAUCACCCCUCCACAGAGCUGUGUAAAUGUAAUAUUGUGACAUUUGAACUUGUAUUAGGUUGUGGUAUAAUGUAAACGUAUUAUGUAAACAGUAUAUAAAUAAACACAUCUAUUUUUGGUAUCAAUUCAGAUGUAUUGGAAAGCGGUUUGCUGUGUGUUGAAAUGAGGCAAUAAUGACGUCUGUGUUUUGGUUUUUACCCCAGCAUCAGACGCUGUAACCCUGCUACAUGCUUUCACGUGGGGGGUGGGGGGGUGCACAUGUUUGAUAUAUUGGAAAUGUCUUCCAUAUACAUACAGUUUUGGUAAAGGAGGAAAUGGAAUGCAUAUGUUCCAUUGACCAGAUUGGCGCACAUUCAACAAAUUGAUCUAACGAAGUGAAUAUUCGUCAGUUACAAAUAUCAUGAUUUUUUUUUAUUGCAACAGGCCCACAAUGUCGGUGCUUAAGUCCGAUUUUUGUGUUAUUUCGCUGCAUGGAAUGCAGAUGAUUGCUAAAUGCUAACUCACAUUCGUAUAUAAGCUGGUUAGCAGAGCUAGCAUACAGAAAACGGAGGUAGUCAAAUUUGUUUUUAACUGUAAUGCAGUUGAUUGGUAACGAUGACAUGAACAUGUGUUGGGGUUGACGUCCAUACCAGCAUUAUACUCUGGUUUUUAGAGACUUGUGAACUUUUCCCCACGCAUUCCCAUGGCAAUUCCAUUAUUUUGGUCAAGUUCGAUUGAUCUCUUUACUGCAUCUAUGCUAUAAUCAUGAUCUAUCAUACCAUCAGUUUAAAAAUAGAUCUCUCUCCCUCCUUUCUCUCAGAGCAUAGCAUGUCCUUAAUGUUAUGUGGUUUUAUGUUUUUAAAGCACUUUGAUGGUGUCACAACCACCAAGGUUUUUCCUCACAGCUGAGGAGAUGUUUGACUUAAAGGAAUCAGUUUGAAAUAUUAAGAUUUUUAAAUAACUAUGUUAUAUGAUGGGUUUUUAUCCACAGAUCGUGAUGCCAAAGUCUCUUCCAGAGUGGGCUGGGUCUCAAUCCUAUAAGAGAUAGUCUUCUUCCUCAGAAGUGUCCAGGGGAUUAAAAAGGGGUUGUGUAAGUGGUAAAGGCUUAGGUUCAGGAGAAGCGUAUAGGGUAGAGACAAAUGAAAUAGGCUAGAUUUGGGACUGGGAGAAGGAUCCACCCUGAGUCAGGGUCUGAAAAAGCUAACUAGUUGUACAGGGUUACCUCAUACCUUCACCCCAACACCACACUGCAUCUGACCCAUACGUGUGUAUGUGCUUUCUGAGGUCAGAAGCCUUUUGUAAAGGGCGCGGCUGCUGGUGGUUCAUUUCUGUAUAAGUAAUAGGUAUGUUACUGUUGUCAAACCCUAGCCUGUAUGUUAAGAUAUCAAACUAAUAAAUAUGUCAAUCAUCAA